AGGGGGCGGAGCCAACGACGACAUCCUGAUAGCCACGUAGCUAGCUUCUGAUGCUAACCGUGAAGGUUCACGUCAGCGAGCAUUACAAUGGACCUGCCACAUCACGGGCACCGUGCAACUAAGCCAAGAGCUCGUGCAGCUCCCCCUGCAGGAGACUCUGUCUUGUUCGAAGACACAAGCUCAGCACCACCUGGGAUAAACAAUCAGGGUUAUUACACUCCUGGGUAUAAUAUGGGAGGACCCUCAAAUGACAUGCAGGGAGGUGCAGGGGCGAACAACGUGUUUGCUGAUCCAAUGGCCAACGCUGCAAUGAUGUACGGUUCCACUUUAGCCAACCAAGGAAAAGAUAUGGUGAACAAAGAGAUCAGCAGGUUCAUGUCUGUGAACAAGUUGAAAUACUUCUUUGAAGUGGACACAAGAUAUGUGCUGAAGAAACUAAUGAUCCUCAUGUUCCCAUAUACACAUCAGGAUUGGGAAGUCCGUUACCAUCGGGACACUCCGCUGACUCCGAGACAGGAUGUUAAUGCAUCUGAUCUUUAUAUACCUACAAUGGCAUUCAUUACCUACAUCUUACUUGCUGGAAUGGCCCUUGGUAUUCAGAAAAGGUUCAGUCCGGAGGUUCUUGGGCUGUGUGCCAGCACUGCCCUUGUGUGGAUCAUCAUCGAGGUUUUAGUCAUGCUGUUGAGUUUGUAUCUACUGACAGUACACCACGACCUCUCAACUUUUGAUCUCAUCGCCUACAGUGGAUACAAAUAUGUUGGGAUGAUCUUCACAGUGUUGUGUGGCUUGGUGUUUGGCAGUGACGGAUAUUUUGUGGCACUUGCCUGGUCCUCUUGUGCCCUUAUGUUCUUCAUUGUUCGAUCUCUAAAAAUGAAGAUCCUGCCAUCUCUCUCAUCUGACUCAAUGGGGAUGGGAUCAAGUGCCAAGCCUCAACUUCGCCUUUAUAUCACUUUGGCAACUGCACUCUUUCAGCCAAUCAUUAUAUACUGGUUAACCUCUCACUUGGUCAGGUGACUGUGAGGUAUUUCAUAACUUCAAGUCCAAGAGAACUGGGCCCCCCAAAAAAGUGGUUGUUGGUUGUUGUUGCCCUUUAUAUUCUUGUAAGUAAACUCAAGCAUAUGUAAACAGUGUUGAUCUGCAGCCUGUGUUUAGCUUUUCAUUUGGACAAAUUCAUAAUGAAAUCAUUUCUUUAUGUAACCAGGUGUGACACAGUGUCUGUGGUGACUGUGCAGUAAUCUUGACAAAUGCUUAUUUUUGUCUCACUAACUUUCAAAACAAGGGCUUUGAGUGACCAGAUUUGUUUAAUCAGGACAUAUUCUGUCCUUUUUUAUAAUGUCUAUGGACAUGCUUUCCAGUAUUGACGCCACACGGUACACGCAGAAAUUCACUUUGCACACGAUUCAUACGUGGUGUGGUAAUAGUACUGCAUCUUCUUUCAGUUUUCAAUCCUGAAUAUUAUUUAUCUACAGUACAUUCGGAAAAAAAAGCAUGAAAAUAUUUGGAUUUUUGUAGAAAAAUAAAUAUAUUAAGCUUUGUGUUUUCA